AACAAAACAAAAUAUAUACGAGUAUGAGUUAUCAAGAUUUUCUCGUGCACCGAGCUUUUGCAUUUCCCAAUUAAUAUAUACAAGAAAGUAUCAGUUAAUCCAUGGGUAGACCUCAGAUUCCUACGUAAUCUCUGUAAUAAUUACUUAUUUAGCAGUGGUCAGACUAGAGGAUUUGAUUUGUCUUGUAUUCUACCUCUCUAGACUUGUUGUAUUAGUAGGAAUGACAUGCUGCRUAAGUCAUUUUAAAAUCAUUAAAUCCACUAUGCUUAGAUUCCAAGAAACCACCCAAAUAUCUCCUCUUCCAAACACAUGAAGAAAAUCACGGAUGAAGGAACUAUAUGAGUCAUUCGCUCGCGCAGACCAGACCUGUUCAUACUAACUGCAAAAAUCUUCGAAUUUUAUUUGAAAUUGAGAGUCAAAUGGAAGAGAAAACAGGAAAAGUUCGUAAUUGUCGAGGCAUGAAGAUGGAAGAAGAGGGUUGCAAUCAGGAGCGGGAUGAUUUAGUAAACACUUUAAGGUCUCUUCUCGAUGAGAGUGAGAAACUUGCUCAUAAUCUUGAAACACAGAACAAGAACUUGAAUCAAAUCAUUGGUGAUGAAAAGGAGCGAGUCACUGACUUGAGAAACAAACUAACCGAACUACAAGAACAAAUUGACAACGAACACAAAAGAAACCGAGAAAUGAGCCUACAGCACGAGCACAUGAGAGCUGGAUUUCUUGCAGCAACAGCAGAAAACGAAGGAUACGCACGUGACAUGGCGGCCAUUAGAAAAGAACUUGAUGGUUUGAGAGAGCAGUUUAAUGUGGUAUUAACUUUACAGAAAAGCAAAGAGGUUAAGCGAAAAGAAGAACACAACAAGAUGUCUUUGGAAAGAUUUGAAGAGUCUGAAGAUGAUGAACCAUCAGGGGAGUCAUUCAAAAUUGAAGAAUUGGAAGAGAAGCUAGAAAUCAGCGAUAAGAUGCUACAUGCCAAGUAUUUAGAGACCGAAACCCUUCAAACAGACUUGGACAGAACCUCAGAGCGAGUAUCAGAGCUAGAGACGAAAGUUGUAGUCAUGAACGAAAGCGUCUCCAAAAUGACAGAAAAGGUAGACGUCAGAGACAGAGAGGUUGCGCAGUUGACUGAGCUUCUAAAAGACACACAAGCAGCAUUAGAAUCWGARAAACUUGCUAAAGAUGAAYACAUCAUCAAGUGUGAGYUGMUAGAACGAAAACUUGCUCUGAUGGAAAUGGAAGGAAGUGAUGAAAGAGAUGGAAGACUUAGYACAGAUGAUAUGGAAAAGGAAAUCGAAGAUUUGAGAGAAAAGCUUGAAGAAGAAAGACUAAAGGUUGCUGAUAAAAUAGCCCUGGUGGAGGAACUCCAAGAGAAGCUCGCAGUUCUCGAGUUUGAAAUGGAUGCAAAUAUAAUAAACAGAGAAACAAAUGAAAAAGUGAUGGAAGAAGAAAUCCAAAAUCUCAAAGAACAUCUUGAAGAUGUAAMGAGCAGCGAUGCUGARAAGAAUUCUAUCAUCGAAGAGUUGAAGCAGCAGCUUAAAGAGCAUCAGACUCCAWCUGAUUUUGAGGAUAACAUGAAUUCUGUKUUAGUGCUUCGGUUAGAGGAAGAAAACGAAAGRUUAAGAGAAAYGGUUGAACAACUCAGAGCAACAGUCCACAAAAAGAAUGUGGGAAUUGAUAGAGUGAUUGAUAAGUGUGUGGAGUAUUUGUUAAUGAAAGAUGAACAAGAUAAGGAAUUAUCAAACAUAGAAAACUAAUUUUAAACUUGUUGCUUGGACAGAUAUAACUGCACUAUACGCGCGCUCUGGCUGGUUCAAAAGUGUGCUUUAUGAUGCAUGGUAACGAUGGUUAUUAACAACAGGAUGAUUUUAACAUGAUGAUGAUGAUGAUGAUGAUGAUGAUCGUAGCAAUUUUCAUACUUACAUUCCAAAGAGUCCUCACAUCCUGAACGCUGCGAUGGUGGCUUGGAGUUCCAGACGCGCGAGUGUGCGCAGG